UACACAACAUCUACAUGGUGAGAAAAUACAACUGAAACUCUGUAGCAGUUGACCAUGUCAGAUGAAACAAAUCAAAGCAACCCUGCAAUGUCUGAUCAUAGAGCCAAUAAUCAAACCAAUAAUGACACCGAUCGGAAUCGAAGGCGGCAAGAGCAGCCGCAAGCACGACAGAUUUUCGGCGGGCUACCCGCUCAGGGCUUUCAAUUUGCUCGUCGCCAUAUGAAUCCAAACAAUGUAGCUCGGAUCCAGACAAGUGGAUUGCCUAUGAAUCUGGACAGAGACAUUCAUGGUAAUCCAUUACAAAAUGCCGCCUUGAAUGGGAACAAUGGCAACGGCAAUCAUGUUGCAGAUCGAGAUAUGAACGGAAAUUUGAGUUUCCAGCGACUCCGAUGGGGAGGAAGAGGGCAAAUGGCGAGACAACUGCAGCUACAGCAAUUACAACGUCAACGACGGCAAAAUCUUCAACCGGGAUCAAUGCCACCAAAUGGUGAGAAUCAAGCAGGAUCAACCACUUCCGUUCCCGUCCACCUUGGAAUGGUGAGAGUUCAACUCGAACCUUUGACUCCUCAACCUGUUGCUGCCUCCGUAGCAACGAAUGCUACCGAGACUGCAAACCCUUCAGGAUCAGGCACAAGAGUACAAGACCCACCUCAGUACGAACGAUUUAAAUGUGGAAUAUGCUACGAAUACAUGGACGACCCUGUAGGAUGUGGCAAAUGUUCCUCCAGAUUUUGUCGAGCUUGUCUCCAGCGGGUCAUUGAUUCCGAUCGAGAGAAUCAACAAGUCACAAAAUGUCCCGUUUGCCGAUGUGAAUGCGAUGCGGCAGUACCCGACUAUGAUCUUUAUGGGAAAAUGAGUGAGGAUAACGUCCCUCGGCUGCCAUGCCGUUAUGUCUCUGUCGGCUGUCGGGAACGAAAUCUCCCUCUGUCAGAAAUCGCUAAGCACGAACAAGAAUGCGAACAUGCCCUCGUGAAAUGUCGAUACGCAGCCUACGGAUGCAAAUGGAUCGGUAAACGUGGUCUUGUUCCAAUGCAUGAAGAGUAUGGAUGUAAGUUAGCACCCGCCGGGCCUUUCAUCCAGCACUUCCGGCAAACUAUGGCGGAUCAAAAAGUGAAGCUUGACCUAUUGGCCCAACAGACCUCGGGAGCGGUUCGAAUGAGUCACGUGCUUCGACAUGCGUAUCUUCGAGACAACCAACGGAAGAGCCUCUCAGAUGUUUUGCGGCUGUUCCAGUAUUGCCACAAAGUGACAAGCUUAACUCCCCAUUUUUUCUUGACCAAAGAUCUUUGGGUGUCCUAUUGGAGAAAUCACGAAACUAGGGCAGCGGUGGUCAAUUUUUGUGUCUGCUUCCCCUUCCUAUCAGCCGCUAUCGGUGUGGUAGGUCAUGGGACAAACUCCUUCUUCGAUAUAUUUGAAGAAAUCUCCCCAGAGAAGACGUUGUGGGCUCUGACAAGGGCUUUUGAAGGAGCUAAAACGAAUAUUACGAACAUGGCAGCACCUGAAACUAUGGCAGUUACAAUCAAGUCUCUUCAGAAUUCGCACACUAUAGAGCUUUGGGAAAACGCCUUCUUGGGAUUGUGUGUUGGUAGCCUAGGAAUGCUGGUGCUAAUGUUAAAUUUUGUUGACACUAAAUCAAGCAUAUCGUGGGACAAAAUAUCGAUCCCUAUCCUUGGUGGGAGAUUUCCUUUGAUUGGCGAUGCAAUGGCACUUUGUAUUUUUACCCUUCUUUUGGCGAUGAUGGAAUAUCAUCAAUCAAAUAUAAGGGCAUGGAUUAUGUGGAUGGCCAUAGUUCCAGCAUCGACAAUUUUUCCAGCAACAAUACUUUCGAUAUCACACAAUACAGCUCGCCUGGUGACUGGAACACCGACGCCAGCUGCUUUCGACAUGAUGAAAAUGGCAAGAUUGGUCGAGCCAUGUAUGUUUGGAUUGCGAUUUAGUAUGCUGGUAACAUACUUUGGUAUGAUGCCUGCAUUAGACGCUUCUGUUCUUUUGGCUUUGGUGCCACAGUCAUCAAAAAUCUACUUGAAGAAUUCAUUGCUCAUUCACACGCCUCAAUCAGUAUUCUUUUUCUUUGCGGCAGCAAAAAGCUCCUAUUGGAUAAUCAAGAUAAAGAUACACUUGUUUGAUAGUGGCUUGGAUCUGUCGCCUCUGAAAAGUGCGGCAAUAACCUUCGAAAGCGCGCAAAACUUUUUUGCCUCUUCUCCAGAUGCUAUCGCUUUAUCAGGCGUUUUUGACGACAUUUCCACAUCGCUCUUGGCAGUGGCAACCCUAAUGGUUACGAGUUAUAUUAUCAAUAGCUUUUUUGACCUUGGUAUUACGGUGGGAGAGUACAUCUCAUUAACAAGUCAAAAAGAGGUUGAGAAUCUAUCAAGGGGUACGUUCAAAGAAUACUCCUCUGUCGGCAUUUUUGUCUUCGGUUUGUGGGCUAUGAUCAAUACGCUCUUGGUUUACAUAUAAUGUAGCAGCGCUUCGAUAACGAACAUGGAUAUUACUUGAUAGGUUCAAAAUAAAGCUAAAGCUUCUUA